UCGGCGCAGGCGCGGCGCGGGUGGCGGCGGCGGCGGCAGCGGCGAUGGGCGGGCGGCUGACCCGCGUGUUCCGGACUUUCAACUUGGAGAGCCGGGCCCGCCGCGAGAUCAGCAAGGAGAAGCCCACGCCCGCCCCGCGCCACCCCACCUCCCGCCUGGACGAGCUGGCCGACCACCCAGAGAUACAGGAAGAGAUUUACAGAAAGGACGAUAGGCUCCUCACCUUGUUAAAAGAUGUUUAUGUCGAGUCCAGAGAUCCACCUGCGCAGGUGAAAGUUGGAGGUGGUGAACAUCUUCCAUGUAAACAGGAGGAAAAGAGACUUACAAAACUAGGCAACUUGGGAGAUCUAGAUGUUAAGAAAGUUCCCAAAGGCAAAAUUUCCAUUGUGGAGGCUCUGACGCUUCUUAAUAAUCAUAAACUUCAUCCUCAAAUAUGGACUGCAGAGAAAAUAGCAGUGGAAUACAGUCUGGAACUGAAGGAGGUCAACUCUCUUCUGGAAUUCUUCAUUCCUUUUGCUGUGCAGGAAUUUCCUAAAGAAACCAAAAAAGCUAUAAAACCGACAUAAAAAUAAUUACCAAAACCUUGUGUGAUCUUACUCGUGUCUUAAUUUUACUCUUGUGUAUAUUCAGUGUCUGAAAAGAGCUGGUAACGUGUCAUCCAACAAGGCUGCUUCCUUAUACCUGCAGGAUGUAUUCAAGCGAUCACAUUCUGUAUCGGAUGGCUUCAGUUAAAAGCAGCAAUUACAGGAUACAGCUUGUAAACCAGACUGUAACUACUAAGUUCAGCGUGUCACAUGAUUUUCAUUAUCCCACUCGUAUGUUAUGGGCUCAGUUAAAACAUGUAAGUUCAGAUUACCUUUCUUAGCAGAGACUUCCUGGCCUUCAGCUAAAUCAGUGCUCUGUCUGUAUUAGCUCUGCAGUUUCAUGUCACAGUGUUCUUUCAAGGACUUGCUGUUGAGGUCUGUGUAUAUACAAUCAGCUGUUUUUCUUUUGUAUAAAAAUGGAAUAGUAUUUAUACUUUGUAAAGAAGGUUAACCACAAGAAGAUUUGGGGAAUUCAGCUGCAUCAAAAUAAAAAGAAGGUGAAUAGCAAGAAGGCCUCUUUCUGAUGCUGGAAUGGUAAUGGCUGAUGUAUAGCUCCUCUUCCACUCUGUUCUGAUUUAGCUUAAGUAUCUGUAGCUCCCCAGGUACUGUCUGUCAGUGGGUGAAUUUGUAAAGAGCGAUGAUAUUCUAGCAUCAAUCUCUUGCAGCAGUCUCUGGCACCUGUAGGAAAAAUAAUGGUUCGUAUUAUAAUGAAUAAGUAGCUGUCAAAUGCAACUGGAUCUACUAAUUGGACCCAUGAGUAGGUCUUCUGUCAAUGCCUGCCUGUCCUAUUACAGUAGCCAUUUUUCCCUGUGGAGGCCUUGUCUGCCUUAUGCAAAUGUGGGCUUAGAUCGGGUCAUGUUCAUUGACAGCAAGUUGUCCACAAGCUACCAGGUUGAAGAUGAACAGCAUCCUUUCCCAUUGUUAGUAAAAGAUGUUGGAAACUCUGAGGAGGUACUCGCAGUAACUACUGAAUUGUAACCUUACUACCGAAUUGUAACCUUCCUGACGCUGUCACUGUUCAGGUCUGUGUAAGGAAGGUAAGGAAGAAGUUUUGCACUGAUGAUUAAUACUGUUGUGAAAAUGUUGUAACAGGAAUACUUUAUUGUUUGAGUACUGUUCAUUCUAAUGUAAUAUUUAAGGUAAUAUCCAGAAAACAGCUGCGGAAUGCAUUUGGUACAGAUAAUGUUGUUGUUAUUAUUGGAGACACUGUGAUUUCCUUCCUUAAAAAUGAGUCUUUAAUUUGAUAUUGGAAUUUAUUAAAAACUCACUUCACAAUCAGCAGCAGAGACCAGCUUAA